AUGGCUAUCUGCAGGGAGAUGAUCCAGCAUAGGCCUUACACUCAGAAAGUUGAUGUUUAUAGCUUUGGGAUUGUUCUUUGGGAGCUUAUAACUGGAAUGCUUCCCUUCCAGAACAUGACAGCAGUGCAGGCGGCAUUUGCAGUUGUCAAUAAGGGUGUCAGACCUAUCAUUCCCAGUGACUGCUUACCUCUUCUUGGCGAGAUCAUGACGAGAUGCUGGGAUGCCAACCCUGAUGUCAGGCCACCCUUCACUGAAGUUGUGAGGAUGCUUGAGCAUGCAGAGACUGAUAUCAUGACGAAUGUCCGCAAGGCCCGUUUUAGGUGUUGCAUGACGCAACCAAUGACAGCGGACUGA